AGGAGACCGUGGACUCCUUCCUGGACCUCGUCAGAAACCUGUUUCCUGCGAAUCUCGUGGCUGCAGCUUUCCGAACGUAUGCGACAGACUACAAGAUCCUGAAGAGAAACACUACCUCUGGAAAUGUCACGCUGGAAAAGAUCCCUGUUGGCACUGAGAUCGAAGGGAUGAAUAUCCUCGGGCUCGUGAUGUUUGCCCUGGUUCUAGGAGUGGCGCUGAAGAAGCUUGGCCGUGAGGGGGAAGAUCUCAUUCGCUUCUUUAAUUCAUUCAAUGAGGCAACUAUGGUCUUGGUGACUUGGAUUAUGUGGUAUGUUCCUAUUGGCAUCAUGUUCCUCGUUGGGAGCAAGAUCGUGGAGAUGGAAGAUGUUAUGCUUCUGGUGACCAGUCUGGGAAAAUACAUCUUUGCCUCUAUUCUGGGCCACUUCAUCCAUGGAGGGAUCAUUCUGCCGCUUAUUUAUUUUGCAUCCACCCGCCAGAAUCCUUACCGCUUUCUCUUAGGACUCGUCACACCGCUUACCACUGCUUUUGCCACUUGCUCCAGCUCAGCCACUCUCCCAUCGAUGAUCAAGUGUAUUGAGGAAAACAAUGGAGUUGACAAGAGGAUCAGCAGGUUUAUCCUUCCUAUUGGGGCCACGGUGAACAUGGAUGGAGCUGCAAUUUUUCAGUGCAUGGCAACCGUGUUUAUUGCUCAGCUGAACAAUGUUGACCUCAACGCUGGGCAGAUCUUCACCAUUCUCGUGACAGCCACCGCGUCCAGCGUGGGCGCCGCGGGCAUCCCGGCGGGYGGCGUCCUCACCAUCGCCAUCAUCCUGGAGGCGAUUGGACUUCCCACCAACGACCUCUCCUUGAUCUUGGCGGUGGACUGGAUCGUGGAYCGAACCACCACAGUUGUGAACGUGGAAGGAGAUGCCCUCGGAGCAGGUAUCCUCCAUUACCUGAACGAGAAGGACAAGAAAGAAAAAGAGCAGGAAUUAAAGGAAGUCAAYGUGGAAGCCGUUCCCAACAGCAAGUCGGAGGGGGAGACGUCCCCGUUGGUAACUCACAAAAACCAAGCGCCCAGCACGAGCAGCACGGCGGACCCCGAGUCCAAGGAGUCGGUGUUGUGAGCUGGAGGCGCCCGUCGGCACGCGUCCUAGAGGGGACAUGUCAACAUCAACACACCUCGACGGCUGCGGUGCCACCAAGGKCUGGUGGCCCUUGGCAGCCUCCUCUUCCAGUCUGUUUUGGGACACGCUGGUCUGGGGAGGGCAGACGGGAGCGGGGAGGGCAGAGGGUGCUGAGAAAACACUUGCUUUAUAAUAAUAUUUUGGAAGUUCAUAUG